AUGAGGUGGAUCCUACCACAACACUAUCUAUCAUUUUCGCUUAUCUAUCUAUCUAUCUAUCUAUCUAUCUAUCUAUCUAUCUACCAUUGUCGCUUAUCUAUCUAUCUAUCUAUCUAUCUACUAAAUGUUUACAAAUUUUAUGGCCACUGGUGUCCCUUCUUUGCGAUUUCCAAUUCGCUUUGUGUUCAAUCUUCUCUUAAAUUUGUUUACACAACCAAACUCUUUCUUCUUUCGUUCUUUUUGUCCCGCUUUCUUUCUUUCUUUCUUUCUUUAUAUCCUACUUUCCUUUUUCCUUUCUUUCUUUCUUUCUUUCUUUCUUUCUUUCUUUCUUUAUAUCCUACUUUCCUUUUUCCUUUCUUUCUUUCUUUCUUUCUUUCUUUCUUUCUUUCUUUCUUUCUUUCUUUCCCACUUACCAUCUUCCUUCCUUUCCUUCUUCAUAUCCUACUUUCCUUUUUCCUUUCUUUCUUUCCUCCUCCAUAUCACACUCUUCUUUUUCUUCUCUUUUUCCUUCUUCAUAUUCUACUUUCCUUCUUCCUUUUUUCCUUCUUCAUAUCCCACUUUCCUUCUUUCUUUCCGUCUUCAUACCUUACUUUCCUUUUCCCUUUCUUUCUUUCUUUCUUUCUUUAUAUCCUACUUUCCUUUUUCCUUUCUUUCUUUCUUUCUUUCUUUCUUUCUUUCUUUCUUUCUUUCUUUCUUUCUAUUCUUUCCUUUUCCUUUCUUUCUUUCUUUCUUUUCUUUCUUUCUUUCUUUCUUAUCCUACUUUCCUUUUCCUUUCUUUCUUUCUUUCUUUCUUUCUUUCUUUCUUUCUUUCUUUCUUUCUAUCCUACUUUCCUUUUUCCUUUCUUUCUUUCUUUCUUUCUUUCUUUCUUUCUUUCUUUCUUUCUUUAUAUCCUACUUUCCUUUUUCCUUUCUUUCUUUCUUUCUUUCUUUCUUUCUUUCUUUCUUUCUUUCUUUCCCACUUACCUUCUUCCUUCCUUUCCUUCUUCAUAUCCUACUUUCCUUUUUCCUUUCUUUCUUUCCUCCUCCAUAUCACACUAUUCUUUUUCUUCUCUUUUUCCUUCUUCAUAUUCUACUUUCCUUCUUCCUUUUUUUCCUUUUUCAUAUCCUACUUUCCUUCUUUCUUUCCGUCUUCAUACCUUACUUUCCUUUUCCCUUUCUUUCUUUCUUUCUUUCUUUCUUUCUUUCUUUUGA